AUGAAUAUAUUAAUGGAUCAUACAGGUGAUAUUGAAUUGACUUGGUAUUUAACUCUCGUUAGGGAACUUGUUCAUGCUCGUUAUGGUACUUUACUUAUCUACAAGGAUAUAAUUAUGUCUGUCUUCCGUCAAUGUAUUCGUAUUAUUCAUAGACAUUCAUAUGAAACUAUUGCUAGAGCAGCAAAAUAUUUGUUGCAAUCACUUACUCAAUUACAUGCAAUUUAUCAUCUAUUAUCAGACGAAAAUAUAGAUGAGUCAUUUGCUGACUUUGUACCUAUUCGAGGUUGGGGUCAACAUGAUGAUUUCGAUCAAUUUCAAGUUCAAUUUCAUUUUCCAACUACAAAUGAAAUCGAUUUUGCUUGUGAAUUUGUUAAUACAUUCAUUUAUGAUGAACUUCAAUUGCAGAAUGAAAACUGCUUGAUUCUAUCGAAUGCUGAACGAUUAAGAUCACUUACAGUUAUUUAUUAUAUAGCUGCUGGAUGUUUACAUAUGGUACCCAACAUUAAAGAUGAUCUUGUGACAGAUUUGUAAAUAUACAAAUAAGAAUGUACAUUAAUUAAAUAUGUUUCAUUUAUCAUUUUCGUAGUGUAUCACCAAAUAUUUCUUAUCGGUCGAAAUAUAGAUUUCGAAAUUCAAUCUUUUCCAAAGAAUCGAGUAAGAAGAACGUCUUUAAUAAUAAACAUCAUAUAAAUUAGAUUGGAUAGAAUUGUUUUUUAUUCGAAAUGAACAGUAUUUCUCAUAAGAUGUUAUUCUUCAGAAUUUAGAGACAAUUUACGCAUACGUCUUCAGACUGAUAUUGGAAAUUUAAAUCUUCAGUUAAUCAACGAGUACAUAAUGAAAAGUCAAGGGGGAAAAGGCGAUACUCCAUCUACUCCAAAGUAAAUUUUGGAGUACAGCGGAGUACGAUCGGAGUACAGUGGAGUAAGGUUGGAGUACGACUG